AGCGCCCUGAUUCAACUUUUGGAUCUGUCAUGAAAAUGAACUUAUGUACGUGUAGUACUUCGUGGUCAUAACCUAUAUUAGAAAAUGUGUAAAAUGUCCAACAUUUCACAUUUUCUACAACAUUAGGAUUACAAUUAACAUUGUAAAUUCUACAAUCUAUUUUUAUGUAACAGUAAUUUCUCGGAAUCUUGGAAAUAAUUAAAUUUUCAAGAUGGAUAAAGAAAAAUUAUGUGCUGCACGCAAGAAGUUGAAACAGUAUCAACUUUUCAAAAAAGAUAAUAGUCACAGACAUCAAGGUAGUGAAUAUCCAAAUAAUGAAUAUGCAAAGAAUAAUAAUGAAGCCACAAAAGAACAUUUUACGAAGUGUGAUAACAUUAAUUUUGAAACUGAAAACUGUGAAAAUAAUUCACUUUCAUCUGAGAAACUUGUUGAAAAUAUAAAUUCACCUGAAUUUACUUCUGUGAAUGUAAAUUAUGUGAAAGACGAAAAAUAUCCACCUCAAAUUAUAGAGAGUAACAGUAAUUUUACUUCUGCAAAUGAUUUUAUAUACCACACAAAUAAUACCGUAGAUAAUUUUCAAUCGGUUCAAUCUGUAGUAAGUGAAGAAAGCGUAUUACGUCCUCAGAAUAAUGAUUCAUGUAAUAUAACCAAAAUUAGUGAAUCCAAUGAUUCAAGCGCUAUUAUUAGUUCUAAUACUUCUUUAAAAGAUAUUAAUAAUGAGGAUAGAAACACUAUGGACAAUUUAUACGAUUCUUCGCUUCUACAAAAAGAAAAUCUGUUACAAAUGGCUUCUUCAGUUGCACAAGUGUUGACUGAUGUUAAUGAAUUUAAUGAAGCAACAACCAUGAAUAACUUAAUAGACAAAAAUAAAUUCUUAACUAACUGUCUUCAAGAACAGGCAAAUCUUAUUAGUGAGCUGCAUGACCAAGUUAGUCGAUAUAGUUGCAGAAUUUCGGAAAUGGAAGCGAUUAUAGCUGCAAAUAAUGCAGAGAGUACAAACAAAAUUAUACAAGAAAUUAACCCUCUAAAGCAACAGAUUCAGCUCCACACGCACACUACUGGAAUUUUAGUUGCGGAAAAAGCUGAAUUAAAAGCAACUGUUGAUCAAUGCUAUGCAAUAAUUAAGCAAAAAACUGAAUUGAUUGAAGAUCUUAACAAACAAUUAAAAUCUCGUCAAUUUGAAAUGAUUGAGCACGAGAAGGAAUCUACUUUAUACAAAAAAAAUCAUGAGGAAAUAAAUGGAACUUAUCAAUUAUUGCAGCAAAAUUAUGAAAAAUUGAUGGAUGAUUGUUCUAGCUUAAGGAAAGAUAAGGAAGGUCUAGAACUAGAAUGCUCUGAACUUAAGCAAAAGUUAAAUUUAAGCAACACAAAUUUAUCAAGUGUUCAACAGGAAUUACAGGAAAAAAAUGGCCUGCUCUCUCUAAAUGAAAUAAAAAUACGACAGUUAAUAUCCACUUCAGAUCAACUACAAAGUUUAGAAAAUGAUCGCCAAGCUGUUAUAGUAUAUGAACAACAAUUGGCACAAUUAAAGGAUAAUUUAUCUGCAUUAAGUCAUGAAAAAGAUGAAGCUAAUAUACAAUAUAAAAGCUAUUUGGAACAGUCAGAUGAGCGUCUUAGGUGUGUUAAAACAGAGUUAAAUCAAUGUCAUAACCGCAUUGAAGAACUAGAAGCCAGAGAGAAAGAUUAUGUUCAAAAAUUGUUGCAAAUGGAACAACAAUUGCAGCAUGAAAGAGAACAAGUAGAAUCUUUUAAACCAUUAUUAGAACAUAAAGUGGAAAUGCUAACAAAAAACAUAGACAAUCUUGUAUUGGAACAAGAAUCUCUUCAGCUUGCCUUGAAUCAAAAGGACGCUGAAAUUGAAGCAUUAAAUAAGGAAUUACAAGAAUUACCAGAUAUAAAGAAUGACAGUAUAGACGCAUCAGCACUAGCUACAGCUCUUCAAAGCGAACAGCUAGGAGCUUCUCGAGCAAUUUAUCAAAAUCAACAACUCAAACAUCAGCUUGACGAAAUGCAUGAUGCAUUUGUUUUAUUAAGCAAUAAUAAAUUAGAUUUAACUGAACAACUUCAGUCUGAGCGCAAUUCGUGUAAACAAUUAAAUAUUGAACUUACUGCAUAUAAAUCAACAUUGGAAGAUUUAGAAAAUCAAUUAAAAGAGAAGGACGCUGCUUUGAUUAAUUUGAAAAGUGAAAAACUACAAAAUACUGACCUUCCUUUUAAAAUGACAAAAUAUGAAUCUUCUGAAUCAAAUGAUUUGCUUCAAGAACUUAAUAGCGCUAAGAAUUUAAUUGAAAAUUUGCAAAGAGAAAAUAUACUACUGAAAGAAGAAUUAAGUUUACAAAUUAAACAAUCAGCAAUACAAAAUAAGGAAAAUACUGAGUCUAAUAACACCAAUAAUCAAACUACUAUUUCCAAUCAAAAUGAAUUAGAUCAAUCUCUCAAAGUUGAAACUGAUAUAUAUGACAACAAAAAUUUUAUUAUACCUGAAUUUAUAAAAAAGUUAGAAGACAGAUUUAAGGAAACAAUGGACAGAGUUGCUGAACUUACAGAUGAAAAGCAAAAAUUAGAGCAUCUUGUGCUGCAAUUGCAAGAAGAAACGGAGACGAUAGGAGAAUAUGUCGCACUUUAUCAAAAACAACGCUCCAUACUUCAAGGGAGGGCUAAAGAAAGAGAACAAACUUUUAAACAAAUUUCGGAGCAACGUGACUAUCAACAAGAGCAAAUAAAUAAAUUGAAAUUUCUCGUUGCUAAGUUAUUGAAGUCAAAACCGACUGCCAUUAAAGAUGCAUUUCAAGAAAUUGAAAACCCACAAUCAUCUUGUGAUACUAAAGAACAUUUGGAAGAAUUAAAGUUUAACUCUAAUCUUGCUGAAAGUUUUCCUUCAGAUAGUAUAGAAGUUAAAACCAACGUAAAUGACGAAGAUGAAUCUACGGUUGUUGGUCUUCUUUCUGAAAUUAAGGAUUGCCGUGGUACUUGUACUCAAGAACCUAAUAUUCAUCCAUGCCCAUUGUGUUCUGGAAAGUUGAUAACAAUAUAAAUAAAGUGGAAUUUAAUUUCUUCAUUGAUACAGAUAAGUAAUUUAUAAAUCAAAAAGCUAUUUAAAAUAUGAGGUAGCGUUUAUAAGAGUUUCAUAUUUCUAGAUUUUUCAUUUAUUUUUUUACAAAUGUAAAAAGUGUAUGUAAGAAAUUUAUAUAUAUAUAUAUGAGUGAUUCUGCAGAAGUAUUCCUUUUUGUCAGUUGGAAAUAGAAAAAAUUAAUUGUUUCAUUUUCAAAGAUUGAACAGUUAUAUACGAUAUAUUAUUGAAUUAAAGAAAUGGAAUUAAACGAAACGUUAAGCGAAACUCGAUAGUAAGAAAGAGAAUAUCGUUUUAUCGACAUACCGAGAUGAUUUUUUAUUAAAACGGAUUACAUUAUUAACUAUUAAAAACAUUACAUUUUAUUAAUUAUUUUAAAUAACAUUAUUUUGUUUAGAAGUAUGUUCUGUCCUAAAAAGAAUUUUUAUUUUUAUUUACUUUAAUUUCCUAUUCUAAAUUAAACCUGUAAUAUUCCCUGAGCUAAAAUCUCGAUUUAAUUCAGUUUUAAUAAACUAAAUUGGGACGAGGUAAAUGAAUGAAUAUUUAAACAAUUUAUCAACAACAAAUAAUUUUUUAUUUUAUUAUAAAUAUAUAUUUUUUUCUUUCAUUCUCUCUUCUUGCGUAUCCCAUUCUUCUAUCGUUAAAAUAUGAAAAUAAAUCUAUCAUUCUACGCCAUUUAUCAUCAUUCAUAUGAACAUUUAUCUCAAAUAAUAAAUCGCCCAACAGCUGCGGUGCCCACCCAUUUUGAUACCACCCAGCAACAAUAAAUGCUCUAUCUCUAUAUUGCAAUUUAGAUGCCCACAACGUACACUUAUACAAAUGCGGCAUUUUAUAUAAAUAAAAAUUUUCACACAUAUCUCUCCACACUCCAACAUAAAGUGGUGGUAGUACUAAUGGAUCCAUCUGUAAUUAAAGAGGAAGGGUAAUUUCUCAGUAUAUUAAUUCGAUUUCGUUUUUUAUAUUAUAGUCUUUAUUUUUCCACAAACUUUAAAAUGAUAAUAUCUCGUUAAACGAUAAUACAUUCUCGUUGUAAAUCCAAACUCGUCAUCCAAUGAAUGUUCUAUUCUAGUAUACGCACCCAAAUACAGACAAUUAGUAUUAAUAUUAACUAAAGGAUAAGCUCGAUUAUAUAUAUUAUUAAAAGUAUUAAUAAAUCUAUCUGACGCUACUGCCUCAGUUACAGGAUUAUAUUUCGUACAAUACGGUUUAUAAACAAACUUCCUACGUAAAUUCUUCGGAUAUUGACGCGCUACACCUGACAUAUCUGUAGUAACUAAAUAAUCUGGCUCUGAUCCCCGUGUUGGACUAGCAGUCCUCUCUGAGAAUACUGAACAUAAUGUAUGAUGUUUAAUUACUUCUUCAUUCCCACUGAACUUAUGAUCUUUUACCCAUGCUUCGCCUACUUUAUUAUACUUAAUACACUUCGUAUCUACUGCUACUCUAUCGAUAAUAUAUUCAACCUUAAUAGGUUUCAACCAUCUAUACUGCAAUAAUAUAUGUGCCUUUGAAGCCGGCAAAGGAGGAUCACUUGUUCCAGGAUAUAAUUUCUGAUACUUAGGAUAUACUGGACUACUUGGAUUAGGAAAAUCAAAAGUUGCACUCAAAUAAUCUACAUCUUUAAAAAUAACUUUCCCAGUACUUGGCAAAUAAGUUUUUAUUAUUCUUGGACUCCGAAACUUAUUAUAUCGACGCGACCGCUUGACUCGACGAACCGGUUUCCUCCGCUUCACGACUCCCCUCCUCUUCCUCCGAUACACACGUUUCAACUUUCUCGCCUUCCCAAUACGGCGUCUCCGCACUAACAAACAACAAUCUACCUUUUAAUGCCUCAUCACAAUCGAAAAAAUCAUUUGAUACAAAAAUUAUAGGCCCAUCAAAAGUUAUAUUUAAAUCUGAACCACCUUUCGUCGGAUAAGAAUAUCUAGCCCCCUCUCAUAAUCUUUUUAACAUUGAAUGAACAAAAAACUUUCCAUCGAAUUCCUCAAAUACUAUUACUUCAUGAAUUUCUAAUCUAUAUCCCUGCAUGAAAAAUUUACCUACGCCCGGGAAAAAUACAUUUCCCAUAUCCCCAAUCAUACUUUCCACAUACGAAGUUUUACCAACAAAUAUAAUAUAAAUAUAAUUGCUUUUGUUUUCGCAAAUUGGAACUAAGACAAUCUGCAGUUAAAAUAAGCAUCCUUAUCCUCCUUCGUAAUAUACUUUAAUGCAUUACGACGAGACCUACAUGGCUGUAUAUCUAUAGAUUCCCCAAAACAUUCUACCAUAUAUUCCCUCAAAUCAUUUAUCAAUAAAGGUUCAUCAAAUUCAAAAAAAAAAUGCAAAUGGUGACUUACUCUUGUGGACACUUUACUCUCUUCAAGAGCGAUACAAUAAGUCUUGACGCCGCUAAAAUAUGCUGCGAAAUCUUCGCGCACUCCGUUAUAACUACACUGGAUGUCGAUGCGUCCGAAGAACGCAUCGCAUUUUAAUUAUUAUUCCUUUAAUCACAAUUCGAAAUAUGUGUCCAAUGAAAAAAAAAUUAUAUUUAUAGAUUUUUCUUUUCUCACGGUGGCUUGAUGAAAACUGCCUUCCGUAAUAUUCCAUCACUUUUUUAUUCUGUUCUGUUGGUCCAGUUUUUACAUAUUUCUAAGAAUUUCUCCAAUAGUUCUUGGUAUAAUCUUAGUUAAUUCAAUUGAACACCUGUGAUCUGUUUCCGAAUUGUGAUUAGAAUUUAUAACAGUAGAAACAUUAUUAUUUAACUUUAUCUAUAAAUGUCAAGUAUUUAUAAAUACCUGUUCAUUUAUAAAUAAAUUGACCGAUGUAGCAGCUUCUCAUUCUGUUACUCCAAAGAGUUCAUCAACGUAAUCAAUUAUUUUUCUUAAGUAAAUUGUAGAUGAUCAGGGAGUGAUUAUUAAAACGUUUUCAUUGCAUAUUAUUAUUUAUUUAUUUUAAGUAACGGUGACGUAACACUUAGAAUACUGUAAACUUAGAAUACCGUUCUAUUCCUUAAUUUCUCUUUUACAUUUCUUGUAGCAACAAAAAAUGCUACAAUUUUCAUUGUUCCAUCUGAUGUUUUAAGUUAAUGACCACCACUCUGACAACUUUCAGUGUUCCAUCUGUUGUUUUAAAUUAGUGACCACCACUUUGACAACUUUCAUUGUUCCUUCUGAUGUUUUAAGGUAAUGUCCACAACUUUGACAACUGCUAUUGACCGAUGUAGCAGCUUCUCAUUCUGUUACUCCAAAGAGUUCAUCAACGUAAUCAAUUAUUUUUCUUGAGUAAAUUGUAGAUGAUCAGGGAGUGAUUAUUAAAACGUUUUUAUUGCAGAUGUUAGUCGAGAUAAAGUCAGAAAUUUAUCUCUGUGCAUCUCUUUAUCUGCGUGAAGGUACUGUAUCUUCUUAGUAUACCAAAGAUCACAAACUGGUCAAGGAAGCAAUGUCACCCAAAAGUUUAGCACCGUCAAUUACCUCCUUAUCAUCAUAGGGGUUAACAGUUGCUAACUCUACUCCAGUAAUGGUUUGCUUAAGUGUUAUGUCAUAAAUUACAUUUUUAAUGACUAUUUAUUAAUCUAAAAUUUCACUAAUCUAAUUAUCGUAUAAUCUUUCCUACAUUUAUCUCAAUUUAAUUCAGUUUAAUUAAAAAUUGAAUUGAGGCGAAGUAAUAAAAUGAAUGAAUAAUUCCUGAUGACUUGAUUGGCGUCAUUCCUUCUUCAUCUCUUUUCUCCUCUCGUCGUAGGCUCAUUAUUCAUAUUAGUCAUAUCUUUUUCAUCAUUUGCUUCAUUAUUCUCAACAAUAGACGUUUGAUCUUCCAAUUUUGGAACCAAGGCAGUCUGUGGCAUGAUAGUUGGAGAAUCAUUCAAUAUUUUCCGCUCAUUCCAAGUCAGAAAAGCUCCUCCGGAAACAUCAUUAUUGUACUAUGAUGAUGCAAUCGUUUAUCUUUCUUGCCGCAAGCAGAAUUAUAAAUACUAUCUCAUUUAACUUAAAAAGACAUAAGUCUUAUCAUAACAAAGUUUAUAAUCAAUUAAUAACAACAUUAUAUAACAAAUACAAUACAUUACACAUUAUGAUAUUAUAAUAUAUCAUAUAAUAUAAUAAUAUAAGUUUCAGAAGUAACAAUUAUUUAGAAGUUUCCAAAACUUUCAAUGUACCGCGAUAACGAAUUUAGUCUUGCGGGGGUAAUUUCUCCAUUUAUUUUUAAUCCUUGAUGUACUAAAGUCUUUAAAAAUUCUGUAUUGUCUGUAUCAAAAUUAUCCACACAUUGAACGUAAUUGUACAAAUUUAUUAUUUUAUCGAGAUUACGAUCCAUAUACUUAGCAUCGAAUGGUGGUACACGUGAUGCUUCCCCUUUUUUUUUUCCAUAUUUCUUUUUCUUUCUCACUGAUUGAUUCACAUUCACAUGAAAAAGGAAUAUUUCAGAAGAAUCACUCAUAUACAUAUUAUAUGAGUGUGUGUGUGUAUAAAUUAUUGUCUGUUUUAUAGAUUUGUAAAGAAGAUUAAUUCUAAAUAUAUCAAAUACUACCAGAAAACAAAUUGCAGCAAUAUUAAUUAUAUCAGCCUUGAGGAAAUAUUGUACUUCUAUAUUGGCGCAAUAUUGUUCUUAAGAUUCAUAUAAUAUUAAAUAUUUUUAUAAUUAUUUGAGUCAAUAUUUCCUCAAUAUUGUCGUAGAAUAUUAUCUCUACUUUGCCUUGCAAUGGUGUUUUAAGUUUGCCUAGAAACGUUACCUAAAGAAUUACUAAGAAUAUUACUGCAAUAUGUUUACUUAAAUAACCAACAUUUUUAUAAAAAUUAGUAAAUCAUAUACAAUCAAUUUAUUUAAUUGAAAUUAUUAUAAUGAAUUGUGAAAUUUUACACUUUGUUCUAAUAUGAUUAAUUAAUUAAUAUAAUAAUGCAAUUAAUUAAUUACAUUUAUGACUAAUUAUCCUUAAUUUAAUUUGAAAAAAGUAUUCUUAUUUAUAAAAAAUUAUAAACGAUUUGUAAAGUGUAAAAAUAUACUAUGAAAAUGUGGGACGUUCUUCACGAAACGUCACAAUCGAAUCGUGAAUUGUUCUGGGGUUGUCUUGAAACUUUAGAAACUUAGGUUAUUUAAUAGAAUAUGUUGAAGGUAGUGAAAAUUAAAAUUCUAACGUUUUAAGUUACAGUAUAUUUUUCAAAUUCGCAUAAUUAUGACAUAAAUUUACAAUUUUUAUGUGUUGACAUUUAUAGAAUUUUUCAUGUACUUUUUAACCGGAAUUCACGGGUCUAAUAUUUUAUAUUUUUAACUAAGAUAUUAUGUCCAAAAAAGAAUUAUUUUCUUUCUUUUAUUUUAAUUAUAAUUUUAUAAAUUUUUCCUAUUCUGAAAAAAACUUAUAAUUCUCCCCGAGUGUUGUUUGUCGAAGAAAAUAUAACACUAGCUUUUUUAAAUAAUACUUGAUUAUUAAAAACUAGAUUUCUGGAAUACAAUUUACUUCGGUUGUUUCUAUAUAUAUUCCUAUAUAGGUUAAAGUAUCUGCUGUUUUUUCAAUUCAUGAUUUUGUUCUUCUAUCUGAUUCUAUUCUAUAGUCAUGGCACUUUCAAUAUCAUCUAAGGUUUGACUAAAUUUUCUUUAAGAAUCGCAGGAUGAACUUCUCUUUGAAGAGGUAACAAUUUAUCCUUGAUGAUUUCUAAUUGAUCUGCGUUAAAAGGUAAACUUACAAUUUUCAUAUAUUUUAUAUUUGUUCUGUACGUGAGUUGUGGUUUAAUUCGAAUAAUUAUAUUUAAUCCAUUUAUUAUACAACUUUCGUUAUUAACGAUGCGGGUAGGUUGAUUUACAAUAACUUGAAAAAUUUUCGAUGUACACUGACAAUCUAAUUGUAUAGAAUUUUCCGGUAUAAUUAUUUGUGUUUCGUCACGUAAUAAUAUAUAUGCAAGAGUGUCUAUUUUAAAUGGGGAGAAUCUGCAUUUUUGGUGUUCUAAUUGUUUAAUGGAGUAUCUACAAUCGAGGCCUGCUCUCCUACGACUCCUCAUUCAUUUAUCGAAUAGACGUGGCGGAAUACACUCCUCCUCUGCCAAUUCCUGCCACGUCUUGGGGUCGUCAUCAUCGGAGUUGAACCAGCUUGGUCCGCCCAUGGCUGCACCCAGGGCUCGACCAUACUCAACUUCGCGCUCCCGAGGAUCCUCGGACCACUCAACUCCCUGUGGUAUCCGAGGAUCGUUAUAGCAGUUAUAUCUGCUUCGUCGCAUGAUUAAAUUGCAGUGAAAUAUCACCAAAAAUACGCAGUCCUUCUAAGGGCGUCGAGUGCUACCCCGCUAGUCCGAAUGGGGUCGCUAGCUAGACACAAUUUAGUUGUACUGUCAUAAUAAAAACGCCCAAGGGCACUCCCGAGUUCUCUACGUCGGUGAAAAGCUGAGGAAGUAGGGACUCGAGAAGCAUUUUUCCAGGAAAAUUCCUAAGAAUUUUUCUAGAAAAAUUUCUUAACGGUCCCGUGGAAAGUCCCUCCUCAACUUUUCACUUUAAUGAAGUAUCUUAUUAUAUUUGAUUCACAUGUGUCUGUUUCGCUUAGCAAAAACCAGGGUUGUUUCCUCUUACAUAUGAAGGUAUCUGUAAGCUUUUUACAAAGUUUUAAAGAAUUUUCAUCUAUAGGAAUGAAAGUUGUUCGUCUUUGUUCUAGAAGUAUGUAUUCCUGGUCUAGUAUAAUAGCUAAAAAUACGGAGUUCGAUUUUUUUGAAAUUGGAAUUAAAUGGUAUAUUGUGUAUUCUUUAUCUUCGAUGACUGGCAAAUGGAUUUAAUAAACUAGUUUGUUUUUUAAUAUAGCAAAAUUAAUUUCUGAGAUGUCGAUUAAGUUUUGGUAAUUUGUUUUGGUUAAAAAUAAACUGUGUUUAACAUUACAAUGCUUUUCAAAUUCUUUUAAUUUGUUGAUUAGAGUUGUAGGAUUUAAUACUUGUGGAUGUACUAUUCAGAGAUGGCUCUGUAGGCAAAAACAAGUGAAUUAAAUCGAUCGUUAAUGAUUCUCUCUGAGUAAUGUUACGUAAAACCCUUCAAAUUAUUCCCUAAUUCCUCUUUUAAAAAUUUUUUAGGAUGCGAAAGGUCAAUGAAUAAUUGUGGAUGAUAAAGUGCCCUUUGACCUGGUUCAUUCCUCUCAGUCAGACAUUCGUAUCGAUCAUCUCUCUGACUUUGUUUUUGUCGUAUGAUCUUAAUUAUUUAAUCCCUCUAUGAUCUAAUUGUUUUUAUAAGGUAUGACGAUGCAAUCGUUUAUCUUUCUUUCCGCAAGCAAAACAUAAUGUCAUUGAACUGCAAAAAUACAUGAUUCUAAUCAUAACAGAGCUUAUAAUCAACAACAUUAUAUAUCCAAUAUAAUGUGUUACAUAUUAUGAUAUUACAAUAUAUUAGAACAUAUUUCAAUAUAAGUGACGGACGUAACAGUUAUCUCUGUCUCACUACUUCCUGGUGGCAAAUUUUCUACGAACAAUUGACGCCCCUCUCCGUUAGGCAUUCGAUUCGGAGGACCGGGAGAUGUCAAGGUUCGUGAUAGUUGCGCCAUCUUGUCAUCGUCCCCUGGAAUAACCAUAUCCUUCUUCUUUAUAGUUUUCUUCCUCUUUUCAAUCUCCUCUCGAUGCUCUUCCUUCAUCUUUUCUAACUCCACUUAGGAUUUCAAAGGCUUAUUAUGGAGAAACCGCUCCAACUCUAUCACUGCCAACUUGCUCCCAAAUUCGCCCUAGUCGUAACCUUUACGACGAUGUGGAUUGACAACCAUCGUAGCAGCCGCCUGUAGGUUACCAGGUUCUAUAGGAACCAUUCCCGUCCCUCCCCGUGUCGCUAAAGAAGGUCGUCUAAUAGCCCCCAAUUCCCCUGUCUUUAUUCUGUCGCGAUUAGGAAAAUCAAGCUAUGAUGAGGGUGGCUGUACAUUUCCUGGCGAUUCGAAGGUCCUCUCUGAGCGAUGGCUCGAAAUGUCGAUCACGUUCUCUCUACCUCCUAUUACCCUUGUUAUAAGGGUAACGAUGCGGGCUAAGUUUGAGUUCAUUGAUGUUGUUAUGUCAAAAAAAAGGAUUAUUUUUUUGAAAUAAUAACAAUAACAAAAAAAAGAAUUUUUAAUUAACUGUUUUGUCCGGAAGGGACAGAUAAUUUAAUUAUUUUAAUAUUUUUCCAGAUUUAUUUACAAAGCGGAAGGCUUUUAACUAAGAGAACGGGGUGAAUAAAUUUAGUUAAAAAUAUAUUUAACAAACUUUAUUCAACACAUUUGAGUUAAGAGAAGAAUCUUUCUUUUAUUCCAAUAAUCAUCAUUCACUGAAAUAAUGAAUUAAAAUUAGUCUAAGGAAUAGACUACAAGAAAAGAGAAGAUGUAGAGAAACUCACCCACUGAGAUAUAAGUUGUUUUUUUUGUGGGUUUGCUGUCCGGAAUACAGACGUCGGCAACAAAACGUAUAUCUUAUAACCACAGGUUGAUAACGGUUAAGGGGGAAGCCAGCGAUGCACUUUGCCCUUGUGAUUUAUGGUACUAUCGAUCAGCUGCGCGACUGAUUCCUAUCCUAUGAUGCCUUCUAUUUUGAAUGAUACUGACAAAAUAUGUCAGGAGGUUCCUAUCCUAUGAUGCCUUCUCUUUUGAGUGAUACUGACAAAAUAUGUCAGGAGUUCUUCUUAGGAGUUUUCGCAGUUGAUACACAGAUUUCUUUACGAUUUUGCUUUCGCAAUUCUGUUAAUUUGCACAAUACUCUGUGUCGUUAUAGAUUUUGAACAAGAAUUUUAAAAGGUAUUACACUAACUUCACUUGUGCAAUUAAUCGAAUUUAUAAUUAAAGCUUAUUUGUGCAAAUCGAAGAAAACUGAUCGUUGAAACUUGGUAUGAAAAGAACUACGGUUACAACAAGGCGGUUUGCAGAAGAACUGACUUCCGUAGAUUCAUCUUGCCUUUUAUAUACAAGUCUAUAGGCUAAAAAGGCAAAAGAAUAUCCCAUCGGGAAGAAUUUGUCCUAUGGGGAAGAUAUAACUUAUCCAAUUGUUCAUUAACAUCCGCGGAAUUGUUCUCUUCUGCAACACCGAUACCUUCUGACGGAAUUCCUUUUACUGCAUCAGCAGUCAAAACCGAGUUAUCGUUUAACUACUUUCCUGUGACACUUGCAGGCUCUUCAUCAGCGGAGGAGUCGAAACAGUAAUUUCCGCGAAGCCUAUUCACCCGAAUACGGAAAACUAUAGAAUAACGAACACUAUUAGCAAAUUUAAAAAAAACCUCCUCCUUCCGCUCUUGAAUGAAUACCAUUUUGAUAACUCCGCAACAAAACCACACUCUAACUAAAAACUACACUCUGACUAGACUCACUCGGACUAAAAUGUCAUCCGGAAUAACGAAUAAUUUUGAAACAAAACACAAACAGCUAUGCCUUUGUUCUGUUCUUGGCGGGAAAUAUUUCAAAGAAAGUCUUGAGGAGCUUUUACAAUAGGUCCGAGAGCAAGUACAAGACCAAGUCCGAGUGCCUCGGACUUAGUUGCGCGCGCAUCGUGUUUGACUUUUUUAAGAUAAUUAAUAGUAAUUGCUCAUUAUUAGUUAAUUAACUAUUAAAUUAUAAAUUAAUUACUCAUGAUUUAAUAUUUACUAUUAAUUAUCUUAAAAAAAUGAAAGUCAACACGAUGCGUGCGCUACAAAGUAUGUGUGACUGUCGUUUCAUCUGUUACUCGAAUAUGAUGCUCGGUCUUGUUAGUCAUUCCGCGAACUUUAAUUUGUAUUUAGAAUAAGAGUAUGAUAAAUAUUAUUUAGAUCUUUAAUUUCAGUUUUUUAUUUACUGAAUUAUUGCAUUUUAAAAUGUGAAACAUUUCUUUAAAUAAUCUGCGUUUAUAAUUGGAUUCUAAACAAACAAUAUAAGUAUUUUCAAAAUUAAAAAUGUGAUCAUUUUCAUGAGAAUGAGUACCUAGUGCUAGUGUUUCUCUUAUCGAGUCUACAGUCACUUUUAUGUUGUAUAAUUCUAUCUUUAAUGUAUUAUUAGGUUUUAUUAGGUUUUUUUGGUUUUUAAUUUUUUUUUUUAAGAAAAAGAAAAGAUAAAUGAAAAGUAGUAAAAUUAUUAAACUAAAAAAAAUAAAAACGUGGUCGUCCUGAAGGGACGAAAUAGUCCUAUGGGGUAAGACAGGAGUACAAGGAUAAAUGUAUCCUUUGUCUAGUCUUGCUUGUUGCAAGGUAAUUCCUCCUGGCCAGUGGUGGUCAGGCGAAAAGAAAGAAUGAGCAUAAUCCCAUUUUGGGUUGAAUGGAAGAGGUCCGUGCCAGUACUCUAUCUCUUGCUGUAUUCUCUGAAAUGAUGGAAAAUCCAUAUGACGGAGAAAGCGUGGUACUUCGUCUUGUGUUGAGAAUUAUCCGGGCAUAUACUUGAGAAGUUUCUCAAAGGUUUCAACGUUUAGUGAUGCUGCAUAUGGUUCAAAAAGAUGAUAAACAUCUUUACAGAAUUCGUAGAAUGUUAAAUCCAUUCCACAGGAUGCAUAAUAAACAGUCUUAUUGAUGUGCGGCGAUAUGCAUGUCCACUUUGUGAUACGAAUGUCAUAUUGUUAAACCAAGUAUGUAUGAAAAGAAUGAGGUUAUUCAUUUUAUGGUAUAAAAUCAAAAAUCUCAUAAUUCUCUUGCCCCUAAAUUUUAUAGAUUACCCAAAAUUCAUAAGAUCAAUAACUCAAUGAGACCUUUCACUGCUUUUUGCGGGUCACCUUUGUAUAAUUUAUCUAAAUAUAUUGGUAUUCCAAUACAAAAAACCAUUAGAAAAUCUUAUUCUUUUAUAAAAUACAGUUUUGAAUUUACAAAAAACGUUAAUCAUAUGAUUAUUCCAGACAAUUUUAAACUUUAUUCAUUGGAUGUAAAAUCACUUUUUUAUUAUUUUAAGAAAUGUUUCACAUUUUAAAAUGCAAUAAUUCAGUAAAUAAAAAAACUGAAAUUAAAGAUCUAAAAAAUAUUUAUUACACUCUUAUUCCAAAUACAAAUUAAAGUUUACGGUCUCAUAAAAAAAAUGGUCAGAUAGAUUCCUUUCUUAUCAUACAAUUCUAGAUGCUCUUCAUUUCGUUACAUAUACUGCGUGCCCAAAACUCAGUAUAUAUAAAACAAAAGUUUUGUCCUUUUAAAAGAUUUUUAACAGUUUAAAUACGAAAGUUUGGAUAUACCAUCUUAUUCAAAGAUUUUUAACAGUGUGAAUCAAAAAAUGCCUUUUCUGUCUAACUCAGCAUAAACUUCUUUGAAGAAGUAAUACCUGAGCAAUUUCACUGAUUCUACAUCUAAAAUUCCCUUCGAAAGACCAUAAACUACUAUAUCAGUUGUAGAAUCGACAUCCAUUGAUUUUAUUUUCAUUUUUGCCUGAGGUGUAGAAUUCGGAUGUGCUUUAAACCACUCCAUUGGAUAUUGAGCUGGGAGUGUUAAUUGAGGUAUUUUUAAAGCAAGUUCUUUUCCAGUUUGAACGUGUGUGAAUCAAAAAAUGCCUUUUCUGUCUAACUCAGCAUAAACUUCUUUGAAGAAGUAAUACCUGAGCAAUUUCACUGAUUCUACAUCUAAAAUUCCCUUCGAAAGACCAUAAACUACUAUAUCAGUUGUAGAAUCGACAUCCAUUGAUUUUAUUUUCAUUUUUGCCUGAGGUGUAGAAUUCGGAUGUGCUUUAAACCACUCCAUUGGAUAUUGAGCUGGGAGUGUUAAUUGAGGUAUUUUUAAAGCAAGUUCUUUUCCAGUUUGAACGUGUGUGAAUCAAAAAAUGCCUUUUCUGUCUAACUCAGCAUAAACUUCUUUGAAGAAGUAAUACCUGAGCAAUUUCACUGAUUCUACAUCUAAAAUUCCCUUCGAAAGACCAUAAACUACUAUAUCAGUUGUAGAAUCGACAUCCAUUGAUUUUAUUUUCAUUUUUGCCUGAGGUGUAGAAUUCGGAUGUGCUUUAAACCACUCCAUUGGAUAUUGAGCUGGGAGUGUUAAUUGAGGUAUUUUUAAAGCAAGUUCUUUUCCAGUUUGAACGUGUGUGAAUCAAAAAAUGCCUUUUCUGUCUAACUCAGCAUAAACUUCUUUGAAGAAGUAAUACCUGAGCAAUUUCACUGAUUCUACAUCUAAAAUUCCCUUCGAAAGACCAUAAACUACUAUAUCAGUUGUAGAAUCGACAUCCAUUGAUUUUAUUUUGAUUUUUGCCUGAGGUGUAGAAUUUGGAUGUGCUUUAAACCAUUCCGAUGGAUAUUGAGGUGGGAGUGUUAAUUGAGGUAUUUUUAAAGCAAGUUCUUUUCCAGUUUGAACGUGUGUCUAUCUCCUUUUUCCUAUCUCUUUCUAUGUCCUCACUUCCAGCAUGGUUAUUUUCAGGCUCAUGUGGUUUACAAACCUAAUAGUCUUGUGAUUUUUCCUUUUUUGAUUUUAAUUGUUGGAUCAAAGAGGCUCGUAUAUCGAGACUCGCUUGUGGUGUCGGUGAAUACGGGACGCUUGUCAUAAUUAAUCUUUUUCGCCACUCAUCUUCUCCAUUAACCAAAUCAAUGUCCUUUUUUCUGGUGAUUCGCAAGAUAUUAGUGAUUUUUGCACUUUGUCGGGGAUAUAUAUAUAUAUCUUCUGCCAUGGUAGCAAAUUCGGUGAGAGAAGCAUAUGCUUCCUCGAACUAUUUACUUUACCUGGAAUAAAUCGAUCCGAGAUCCGGUUCCUCAAACAUAAUUGAAGGGUUAUAAUCAUCGUUUGAUGUUGGCGGUGCACUGGAUGGUGCAUACGUUGAUUAAGGCUGCAGUCCCAUGGCAGCGUUUUGCGUUGCGUUUUGUCACUAGACCAUGAGUGUAAAAGAGAUGCAGAUAUAUGUUUGCUAUGUUUACACUCAGGGUCUAGUGACAAAACGCAACACAAAACGCUGCCAUGGGACUGCAGCCUUAUUCUUCCUUUUAUCUGAAUACGAGAUUUUUAUAUCUUCAGUGAGACCUGUCUCUUUGACGGAAUACCGUGGUUUAGACACGGGGAUAGACUUACGUUCUAAUAAUUCGUCGAUUUGAUUAAUUAUACUGCUACCGAUCAUAACAGAGCCUUUAAUCAACAACAUUUUAUAACAAAUAUAAUAUAUUAAAUAUUAUGAUAUUACGAUAUAUUAUAAUAUUAUAUUAUUAUAUUAUAAUAUAAGUUACGGGCGUAACACUAUUAUGAAAAAGAAAGUGUAUAAAAUUCAACAGAAAAAGUACAUGAAAAAUGCUUUGAAAUUCACUAUUUAAAAAUUUUAAUCUUUUGUGGUAGUUUUAAGGAAUUAAAAUGUCAGCAGUGUCUAAAAUGUUAAAUAUUAUGAUGGAUCAGAAAGUGUGAUUUGUCAUAAGUCAAUUCAUAUCUAUUAGCCUAAAUUUGUUUUUUUUUGCUGAGCUGCUCUACUUUUUAUAAAUUCUAUUUGUUUAAAUGAAUCAAUAUUACAAUAAUUAAACAAUAUUUCAAGCGAAUCACAGAAAUUUUCAUUUUUCGAUAUGGAACGUUUCACAAAUUAUAACUUAACAAAUACUACUAUUGCGGUGCUUUAUUAUGUAUAUUUAGAACUGUUUUAUCGUCACGCAUUAUUUUGUUGAUGUAAACAAAAAUAUUUUGUAAAAAAAAAUGUUAAUAUCUUAUCGUUCUUUAUUUUUUAAUUGUGAACAAUUUUUAGCUAUUAUAUGAUUUAUUAAAUAAAGCAUCUAUUUGUAAGGUUGAAACAUUUUAUGAAAUUAAAGUUUUGCAGAGUAAAAAUUAUAUGUGUAUUUAUUUUUUAAUUACAUUUGUUGAUCACAUAAAAUUAAUUUUAAAUAAUCAUUUUACAUUUAACAGUAUGUUUAUUAUAAAUUGAACUUUCAAUUAUGUGAUGGAAUUAUUUCGUAUGUUUGUGAAUAUUUGUAUAUGUUAGAAAAUAAUGACAAGGCUGCAAACUGUCUGACUCACGAUUUGUAGAAAUUUUCGUAUAAUUCUCGGAAAAAUUGUGUAAUUCAGCAACGUAAUUCAAUUAAAUAUUAAAUAAUA